UACAUCUCUGAAGGUUUUUAAUCAUGAUAUUACAUGGUAAAGUUUAUAGUUAGAGAGUGGGGACAGGUAACAAAUGCUUUUUUGUUCAGUGUUCAGUAGUUUUACUGGCACUCAGUUCUAUUACCCUUUAUGUUAUGAGUAACAGGACUGAGUUUUUACCAUAGCUUUAGAGUCACACAACAAUGCAUGCAAAGAGUAUUUUAUUACAGUAUUUAUAUUUUACGGUAAAGUUUAUAGUUAGAGAGUGUGGAUAGGUAAUGCUAUUUUUUCAGUGUUCUAGGUAGUUUUACUGGCACCCAGUACUGUUAUUAGAACUCACUCCUGUUACUAGCACUCAGUCCUGUUACUGGCACUCGCUCCUGUUACAGGCACUCAUUCCUGUUACUGGCCCUUACACCUGUUACUGGCACUCACUCCUGUUACUGGCACUCACUCCUGUUGCUGGCACUGGACUGAGCUUUAGCAUAGAAUUAGAGUCACACAACAAUGUAAAAAAAUAUAUUUUUUAUAUUUCAUGGUAAAGUUCAUAGCUAGAGAGUGGGGACAGGUAACAAAUGCUAUUUUUUGUCUGUGUUCUAAGUAGUUUUUAUAAAUGUUUUUAAUUACAUAUCUUUAAUUUUGCAACUAGGUCAAUGCACAAGACACUAUGCUUAAUUAUAAAAUGUAUUUUAAAGUUAUUUUGUGUGCACAUUUAUACAUGCAAUGUCCUGGGGACAGAAAUGGCACCUUUUUUUAGCAGAAUAUGCCAUAUAUGGUUUAAUAAUUUUUUAAUGCAAUGCAUUUGGAAGGCAUGGUCCUUCACACACUCAUUUCAGAGGAUGUUCUCAGCAUUGCAUAAGCACAAUUCAAAACAAUGCAUCAGACACGGCUACACACUGACGACCACUGAGUAGAGGGCUUUAGUCUGAUUUGUAUUGACGUCAUUGCUUUACACCACACACUCUCUCUCCCUCCCUUUCCCUUUCCUUCUCUCUCUCUCUCUCUCUCUCUCUCUCUCUCUCUCUCUCUCAGGCAUGUUAGCUCAGUGUCUCUCUGCAGACUGAGUGUCUGUGUGUGUGUGUGUGUGUGUGUGCGUGCACGCAUCCCUCGCCUCUGCGGUGGAGCUGCCAGUCAUUGUAAGAGCUGCUGCUGAUGCUGAUGCUGCACGCGCAGGGUUUGCGUUAGUACAGCAUCCUAUAGGCAAUAAGGCGCGUUUAGUAUGCGCGCGAUGUCCGAGCACGGCGGGAUGCGGGUGCAGGUGGCGCGCGCAUGGCGCUAAUCGGAGGCUAACCCCGCUGCUGAUAUAAAGGGCUUUUUUCUAGCUGUUUAUCCUCGCGCUGAAGACCAGCUUGAAGAUGGCGACGGGCGCAGGGUGGCAGGGAGCGAGCUCUUCAUCUGCCGCCUCUCCUGCUGCCCCCAACCCCCCGGGAUCUGCCACCAGCUCCGCCACAGCCGCCAGCAUCCACCUACUGUACGAGUCCGGACUCAGCAUGGACUACACACAGGACCUCCACCUGAAGAUGAGCAAGAAGAUAGCACAGCUCACCAAGGUCAUUUACGCCCUGAACACCAAGAAUGACGAGCACGAGGAGGCCAUCCAGUCUCUGAAGGAGGCUCACGAGGACGAGGUGCAGCACAUCCUGUCAGAGACGCGGGAUAAGAUCCUGCAGUAUAAGAGUAAGAUGGGGGACGAGGCGGAGCUGAAGCGGCGGCUGCAGUCUCUGGAGGAGUCGGUGGAGCUGCACGAGCACAUGAAGCGCCAGGCUCUGGCCGAGUUCCAGAUGUACCGCCAGCGCAUGGAGGACAGCCAGCUGUGCGCCGAGGCCCAGCACACCCAGCGCGUGGUCUCCAUGUCCCGCGAGGUGGAGGAGAUGCGGCACGACUUCGAGGAGAAGCUGCGCUCCUUCAGCCAGGUUCAGGCGCAGUUUGAGCAGGAGAAGCUGCGCAACAUGGAGGAUCUGAAGCUGGCUCACCGGCAGGAGCUGCAGGAGCUUCUGGAGACGCAGCAGAGCCAGAGCGCCUCCAGCUGCCUGGACCAGGAGAAGCUGGCGGAGCUGCACCGGGCGGAGCUGGAGGCGCUGAUGGAGCGGGUGGAGGAGCUCACGCAGGACAAGGUGCGCCUGGUGGAGGAGUACGAGACCAAACUCGGCAAGGCCCAGGCCUUCUACGAGCGUGAGCUGGAGGCCAUGCGCCGCGCCCAGCAGCUCACCACCGAGAACCUGCUGGCCUGGAAGAGGACGGAGGUGGAGCUGAGGAAGGAGUUCCAGGUGCAGGAAGCCGCCCUGCAGAGGACGCUCUGUAAACUGCGCUCGGAGCUGCAGAGAGCGCAGGAGCAGGCCAGGGAGACCCGAGACAAGACCAACCGGCUGCAGGCAUCGCUCAACAACGCUGAAGUCACCAUCAAGGAGUUACACAAGCAGCUGGAGGAGGCCAUACAGGACGGGGAGAUCUGGGUGAUGCAGCUGAAAGAUACAGAGUACGAGUUGGAGGGGAGCAGGGAUCGAGUGCAGCAGCAGGCCACCGAAAUCCUCCACAAAGCCAGUCACAUCGGGUCCUUGCAGGCCACUCAGAUGAGUCACGAGGCCACAAUCCGGGACCUUCACCUGGAGCAGAGCCGGCUGAAGGACAAGAUCGUCCAGCUGGAGGAGGAGAAGGAGCGUCUGCAGAGCCAGAGCCAGGCGCUGGACGAGCAGCAGCGGCAGCAGAUCAUCAGCCUGGAGAAAUCGCUGCGCGAGGAGACGCAGAACUAUGAGAUGGAGCUGGACAAGGCCCGGGCCAAGUACGAGGAGGAGGCGGCUCAUCUGGAGGAAGGCCAGGCUCAGGCUCUGGAGGAGAUGAAGGAGAAGCACAGGGCACAGCUGGAGAGCGCCCGGACCGCCUCGGAGCGAGAGAAGAACCAGCUCCUGAACGAGAUGAGGCAGCAGUACGAGAUUCGCCGCCUCUCGCUGGAGGAGCAGAGGAACCACCUGCAGCAGCAACUGGACACCCUCAGAGAGGAGCUCACUGCCAAACUCAAUAUCACCAACCAGGAGGUGUCUCAUCUGAAGGAGCUGGUGAAGGAAGGAGAGGACAGUUUGGACUCUGCUGAGACCCACAUCUCUCGCCUGAAGGACAACCAGGACAAGCUGCUGAUAGAGCUGGACGCCACCAGAGCCAGAGUGAGGGAGACCAGCAACGUCCUCACUGACCUGCAGGAGGAGAUAGAGAGCCAGAAGCAGCAGCACGAGGCUCGGAUCAUCGCCGUUAAAGCCGAGGAGAAGCAGAAAAUGGAUAAAAUCACAGAGGAGCUGGAUAACAAAUGGACGGACGCUCUGAGAGCUGAGCUGAAGUCUCUGAAAGAGGAGCUGACGGAUGAGCACGAGGCAGAUAAACAGGCGGUUCUCACUCAGCUCUCCCAGCAGAGGGAUCUGGAGCUGAUGGCGGCCAGAGAGAGCUGGCAGAGGAAGGUGGAGGACCUGCUGGAACAGAUCUCCCUGUUGAAGCAGAGUCUGGAGCUGCAGCUCUCGCAGUCUCAGGCCGCGCUCAAGCAGCUGCAGGCUCAGUUCGCUCAGGAGCGCGAGCACCUGGCCCAGGAACUGCAGGAAGUGGCCCUGCAGCACCAGCGCCGAGAGCGCCACCUGCAGGACGCCCACUGCUGCACGCUGCAGGACCUGGAGGACGCACGCCAAGAAGAGCUCAGGGAGCUGGAGGACCGGCUGAAGCUGGAGCAGAGGGAGGAGCUACAUGCACUGAGAGAAGCUCACAGACAGACCCUGGAGAUCCUCCGUCAGCAGUCCGACCAGGAGCUCCAGACUCUGCGCUUCGAGCUGGAGGACGAGGGCAAAGCCAUGCUGGCAUCUCUACGUUCAGAGCUGAAUCACCUACAUGCCACAGCUAUAGAACACCUGAGACAGGUACACAUGCAGGAGAACACGGCGGCCAAGAGAGAACUGGACAACACCUUGGAGCGCUGUGAACAGCAUGAGCAGGAUCUGCUGGGGAGGAUCUCAGACCUGCAUCAGGAGGUGAGCUGCAGGAAGAACCGCAUCGCUGAUCUGGACCACGAGAUCCACUCCCUCAACGAGACCAUCAGCACACUGACCAAGGAGCUGGAGCUAAAGGGGAAAGAGGUGCUGCGCAUCCGCAGUGAGGCCAACCUGCAGAUCCGGGCUCAUGAACAGGACCUGUCUAAGAGGCAUGAGAGGGAGAUGGGAGAGAUGAAUGCAUCCCAUAAUCGAGAAACUCACAUCAUGCUCUCAGACUUCAAUAAAGCUCAGGAGCUGCUGAAGGACAAGAUCUCCGCCCUCCAGAUCCUGCUGGAGGGGACGGAGGAGAAGUUCAGGAACAGAGAGAGCCGGCCUGAGGACCUGCAGACCAUAGCUGAGCUCAGAGAGAUGGUGGCAGAGAGGGAGAGUCUGGUCAAAAAGCUGGUGGACGAUAAGAAGUUCUAUCAGCUGGAGCUGGUGAACCGCGAAACGAGCUUCAACAAAGUGUUCAACACCAGCCCCAACGUGGGGGUCAUUAACCCCCUAAUUAAGCAUAAGAGUAGAAAAGCUGCACACAGAUUCGUCAGCUCUCCAAACCUAAGUGUUGUGGAAGCGGAAGGCAGGGGGGCGGGGCCUACCUGCCUAGACUCUGUCCAAAGCUCCCCCAAUCAGCACGCAGGGCACAAAGCUCCGCCCCAGGCCCAGCCCACGCGGAGGUGAGCCCCACCUCGUCAUCCAGCGUCCGUCCUCACCUCCACACACACACACACCUCCUUCUUCCCACCAUGGCAAGAGACGUGCUGUAACCCACUGACCUGUCUGCCAUUGGUCUGAUCACACUGUCUCUCAGUCAGUCCUGCAGUUUAAUGGUUUAAUGGUAUUUAUUGGUAGUUAUUAAUCAGAGUAUCAGUUUCUGUCUUUUUGUGGUGGAAAUUAGAAUAAGAUCAGUUGAGCAGAGUGUAUCCACAGUGCUGCGUGGAUGUGUGUGCUUGCCUCACUCUCUGAUGCAUCUUGUCUUGUAGGGGUGUGUCGAUCCGAUACUCAGUAUACUCAGUAUACUGGACAAAAUCUAAUUAUCUGAAUCAUAUAAGACAUAGAAGAAGAAAAACAUAUCUAUAUAAAUAACACCCCCAUUUUCCCUUUAUUUUUGCCAUUUAAGCUCUUCAGGUCAAGUAAAUUGUGGUUGGUGUGGCGCAGUGGAUAACACCACUACCUGCCAGUGAGCUAACUACCGCUUCAUGUGGGAGACUGGGGUUCAAUUCCAGGUCUGAGUGCUAAAUGCUGCACUACACCAAUAAAGAGUCCUUGGGCAAGACUCCAAACACUACAUUGGCCCGAAUUUCUCUAAUAGAAAUAACCUUGUAAUUCACUUUGGAUAAAAGUGUCAGGUAAAUGCCAUAAAAUGUAAAAAUGUCAAAUGUAAGUAAUUGUAAAAAAAAAAAACAAUUGUAAAAAAAUUACACUUUGCAGUAAACAGUAUGUUGCCAGUAUAUUGCUUAACCACCGUUGGCAAGAAGUUCAAAUAAAAAUGAAGUAAAUAAAAUAAAAUGAAGUAAAGUAAUGAAGUAAUUAAAAUGAAAAAGGUAGAUUUGAACUGUUUACAAGCAAAAUAAGUUAGUUUGAUAAUGUAUGACGAUUUAUGGUAGUGGUCAAAAGUUUUUAAACACACAACAUUUUUCCAGCUCUUAUUCCGGAUAUUUAAGCACUGUAAGUUUGUUAAAAUGAAACAUUAAAACAUAACAAUUUUCACUGACAAAAAACAGUAACAGUAACCUAUGUAUGUCGACAAAAUGCCCAAGUGUUCAAGGAAAUAAUCACAAACAAAAAUAAAGAUGUAAUAAAUAAUCUUUAGGUCUUUACAAGUUUUUAAAAAAAUCUUAGAAAAUGCAGUCCUGAGGUAAAUUUAUUAUUAAACAUUGUCAGAUUCAUGCAGAAAACGCAAUUUUGAUGAUAUUUAUAACUGAAGGUAUUGUGUGAUUGAGUAGCUUAUAAUAACAAAUAAACUAAAAACCCUGUCCCAUGACGUACCAUAAAAUGUACCAUGAAAGCUAAAGGACAAAUUUAGCCAGAUGCUUACGGUCACAAUCAUUACACCCACUGCACUGCACUGUCCACUUAAAAUAUAAUCAUACUAGUGCAUCUCAAAAAAAUGUUUU